AUGGCAUCGUCUGCAACUCCGCGUAGGCGACGCUACAAAGAUACGCCUUCUACGUCGGUGUCGCAUUCCGAGGCGGAGGAAUUGCCUUCCUCGGAGAAGAAACGGCUCGAUGGUGUCUGGCAGGAUGGCCUGUGGUGGUGUAACUGUGAUCCUCGCAAGAAAGCCGUACUGCGUGAGGUGAAGAAAGAAUGCGCCAACAAGGGCAGACUUUUCUGGACCUGUGAAACACAUCGUCGUCUGUCUUGCAACUUUUUUCUAUGGAGAGAUGAUGCUGUCGUUCGAGAAUCCAGCUUCGCCCCUGGGUCCGACGUCGACGUGGACAACCGGGCUGUACCAGCAAGACCCAAGACCCCAACCUUUACUCAAAGGCCUCUGGAGUCCUAUGGGAUUCAAGCUACACCGUCAUCUCGGCGAUCUGGAAUCUUGGGAGGCGUAAAUAAGACCUCCAAAGCGGCUGAUUCCAGCCCAACAAGCACCCAUAGGACACGAGAAACGCAGGCAUUAGCAUCAAAGGCCAGUCCCGCUACUCCUAGCUCAAAGAGGAAGAGGAACCCGAAUGAUUCUUGGGACCAGGACGAGGACGAGUUCACGGACCUGGAUUCGGAUGUGGAGCGUCAAUUGGCCGAGAUUACGGACAAGAGUGUCCAAAUGGCCACUCCGCGCCGCUCCUCAGACGACGUAUUUGCCACACCUUCCACAAAUCGUCGUACCACUGUCAUCGUUGGCGGCUUGCCCACACCAUCUGUGUCCAGAACGUUGUUCCCUGCGUCGGAAGCAAAACGUUCCAAGGAGGUGUCAUUUGAGGAGCCGACGUCCUCCGGUACGCUGAAGACACCGUCCAAGACGCUAUCCUCAGACUCGAGCUUUAGCCUUGUCUCUCCCUCAAGUAGUCCCCACGGUGCCAGCACUCAGGACGUGACAGAGAAUGUCAUGGCGCUGUUGAGUCGCCAGAAAAUUGACCCAGCUGUUCUUCAAUCUGUGCAGGAGCUACUAUUGAUGUCAGCCCGGAAAUCCAAGGGUAUUUCCAAGGGUAGAGAUUCAGCGCGCGCAGCACUCAAAGGGAAAGACAAGAAGAUUUCUCAACUACAAGAGAAGAUACGGGACCUGGAGAAUCAAGCUGCGUACAAUCACAAGAGAAUGACUGAUAUGAAGGCACAGUUGAUACGACUUUACGAAGAAAACUAA